AGUCUCAGACCAGACAUGGGACCAUUGGAGGGAGCCAACAGCACAUUCACUGUGGAGAAGAAGGCAUUAGAUGAGAAGCUGCCACACAGCUGGCAUGCCAAGGACUUUGUCACUCCUACUCAGGAUUUCUCUGGGUCCCACAGUGUCAUGAUGGACAGCACCAAGAUCUUGGGGGUCCAGGUCAUCCUGAUUGCUGCCUACUCCCUCAUCAUCCUGCUGGGCUUCAUUGGAAACUCCCUGGUCAUCUACAUCAUAGUGAAGUACAAGACCAUGAGGACUGUCACCAACUUCUUCAUAGCUAACCUGGCUCUGGCAGACCUGAUGGUGGACACACUCUGUCUGCCUUUCACCCUAGUGUACACCCUGCUGGACGAGUGGAAGUUUGGAGCUGUCCUUUGUCACCUGGUUCCUUAUGCUCAAGCUCUGAGUGUCCACGUGUCCACUCUCACCCUGACUGUGAUUGCCCUGGACAGGUACCGCUGUAUUGUUUUCCACCUGGACAGCAGGAUUUCUAAGAGGCUCAGCUUCACCAUCAUAGCUGUCAUGUGGCUGGCAGCAGCUGUCCUGGCAGGGCCUCUGGCCAUCUUCAGGGAGUACCGAUACGAGGAAAUCCCAUCCAUCAACCUCAAAAUGGCUGUUUGCUCAGAAAAAUGGCCCUCUGCUAACAACAGAGAUGCCACCAUCUACAGUCUGUCCAUGCUCCUCCUGCAGUAUGUUCUUCCUCUUGCAAUUAUUUGUUAUGCCUACACCAGGAUCUGGUUCAAGCUGAAAAACCAUGUCAGUCCCACUUCUAGGAACGAAAACCAGUACCGGAGGAGGAAGACAACCAAAAUGCUUGUGAUGGUAGUUGUGGUAUUUGCAGUCUGUUGGCUCCCCUUCCACAUAUUCCAGCUUGCCAUUGAUCUUGAUCUGGUCCUUAUCUUCCAUGAGUACAAACUCCUGUACACUGUCUUCCAUGUCGGGGCCAUGUGCUCCACAUUUGUCAACCCCCUGCUCUACGGAUGGAUGAACAAGAACUACAGGAAUGGCUUCCUUAUGUUCUUCCGUUGCCAGAACAAGCCCGAAAGCAUCCACACUGAAGGCUCAGUUCGAGGGAGGUCUUACAUCUUCAGGGCCAACACCCUAAAUGGAAGCAUCAAGCAGACUCCUGGCAAUGGAGCACUGCCCACGGAGGUUUAG